UCCUGUCAAGUCGCUCAUCGACUCCUAACAAUGACCAAAUAAUUCACCAAAAAUGAACUGAAUAAACCAGAAUGAUUGCCAGAGCGAGCACAAUAAUUAGGCCCAAUCACCCCUCGUCCCGGAGUGAAUCGCUGAAUUUCAGACAGUGCAAUCGCUCUUUUAUUCGUUUCAUCGAUUCGUGGAUUGAGGCUGUGCAGUGGUCAUUGUUGUGGUAGUAAUCAAAUCUCUGUGACUGUCAUUUGUUUUUAAUUAAUUCCAAGAUGACGAAUGACAAGUGAAUUUUGAGGGGGAUAGAUUAACAGAUUGGGGGGAAUGGCUGGGGCUUCGCUGGAGUCCGGCACUGCCUAUCAUCCCCUGGGAACUGGCAGGGAGAUAGGUCACUGGAUUGCACACAUGAAGCUGUCCAGAAUCAUCAUCUUGAUUGCUUCGAUUCUGUUCAUUGUUCCUCUGUUCACUCAUUAUUAUUUAUCGAAGGUAGAAGCGGAGUCUCCCCUGAUGGACAUCCACCGUACGCGUUCGAAGCUGGAAGCCUUCGAGGACUUCACCUCGAUGAAGGCAUCAGACCUGAAGUCCCGAAUCGAGGAGAUGCUGCGAAUAAAAGUAUCAGUGAGCAACGAACUACGCGACCUCGAGGCAAAGCGCCAGCGCCUCCAGAUGGAAGUGAGUGGUUUCACCCAGCGAAUAGACGACCUCAAGCAGGAGUUCCUACACCAGCAGACCGACCUUGACCGCCUGAAGAUGAGUGUCGUCCAGGCGCAGGCAGCCCAGCGUGAAGCAGUCGAACGAAACACCCCAGAGCUAGCACCCCCCAAACGAAUCCUGACGAACUCCCCGCCACCCACACUCCCCAGCACAGAUCCCCACUCCUGCAAGAUGUACAACUGCUUCGACCACAGUCGCUGCGCCCUGACAAGUGGCUUCCCCGUCUACCUCUACGACCCAGACACCUUCUCAAUAAUAAAUCCAGGGUGGGACGUGGACGGUUUUCUUCGGACCACAAUCAAACAAACCCUGGGCUACAAUCCCCACCUGACGUCGAACCCAGCAGAGGCCUGCAUCUACAUCAUUCUAAUCGGCGAGGUUCUCCCAGUCCCAUCGACUCGAUCCCUCGGCUUCAAGAACCCCCUGGACCUCACGAAACUCCACUCGCUGCCCUACUGGGGUGGAGACGGUCGAAACCACGUGCUCCUGAACUUGUCUCGAAGGGAUUUAACCCUGGCCUCUGGAAAUACCUUCACAAAUGUCGACACAGGCCGAGCAAUCAUCGUCCAGUCAACAUACAGAAGAAAUAAAUUCCGCGAUGGAUUCGACCUCGUUGUGCCUCCGAUAUUGGGCCCCCCUGGGGGCGACAUCUGGCAGGAGUGCGCCCAGAUGGUGCCAGCAAGGAGGAAGUACUUACUAUCCUUUCAAGGGGAAAUGAAGAGUUCCAGAUCAACUCCAACUCCGAGGCAGAUUGACGACGCUGAGAUCGAUCUGGAGAGGCUGGAGGACGAGAAUAACCUGGACAGUUUCAUCAUUCAACAUCUCAAGGAGAUGACGAGUGGAACGACCAUGGACAAGUUUCAUCUGCAGUUCGAGUGCAUUCCGGCGUCUGAGGAGCAGAGGAAUGAGGCUCUGGACUGGUCGUUGUGUGGUACUGAGUCAUCGAGGAAAGAAAUUCUGAGGGAAUCAACGUUCUCCUUGAUCCUGACGCCGACGAAUGCCAGUUACGUAUCGACUUCCUCCGUUCAGGCUAGGCUGUACGAGGCCCUGAGGUCCGGAGCUAUUCCUGUGGUACUGGGGGGCGAUCAGAUUGUCUUGAGCUACAGUGAAGUCAUCUCCUGGAGGAGAGCUGCUGUGCUCCUCCCCAAGGCCAGAGUCACCGAGAUGCACUUCUUACUUCGUGCCAUUCCUGAUAACGAUCUUCUGGCGAUGAGGAGACAGGGGAGGAUGAUCUGGGAGAGGUACAUGGGCACUGCCCAGGGGGCCAUGGACACCAUCGUAGCUGCAGUGAGGGACAGACUGGGAAUUCCGCCUCUUCCUGCUGCUCAGUCCUCCAGUCCCAGUGUUUUCAAUGAGACAUUUGUCCCUUUGAAGUCUGAUACUAUUAUCUCUGAGCCCGAGGCUGAAGAGAGCCUGGGGCCUCUGGAGCCUCCAUAUCCCUCGCCAGGUUUCAAAAGAAACUACACGACGAUGUUCGUUCAUGGGCACGAGAUCUGGAACGACUGGAUGAAUCCUUUUAGUCUCUAUCCUCAGCUGCCUUUUGACACUGUUUUACCCAGUGACGCCAAGUUCAUUGGGUCCGAGGUGGGGUUCAGGCCCAUUGGUAAGGGGGCAGGGGGCGCGGGGAAGGAGUUCAGUGAGGCACUUGGGGGAAACCAUCCCAGGGAGCAGUUCACCAUCGUUAUGCUGACUUACGAGAGAGAACAGGUGUUGAUUAAUUCACUGGCACGACUCUAUGGGCUACCCUAUUUGAAUAAAGUUCUGGUUGUUUGGAACAGCCCUAAACCUCCCAUGGAGGACCUCAGGUGGCCCGAAAUAGGGGUUCCCAUUGUGGUGAUCAAGGCACCCAGGAACAGUCUGAAUAACAGAUUUCUGCCUUUUGACUCCAUUGAGACUGAGGCCGUUCUUUCUGUGGAUGAUGAUGCUCAUUUGAGGCAUGAUGAGAUCAUGUUUGGGUUCAGGGUCUGGAGGGAGCACAGGGAUCAGGUCGUUGGAUUCCCUGGGAGGUUCCAUGCUUGGGAUCAGAAUUAUCGUAAUGCAUGGAACUAUAAUUCCAAUUAUUCGUGUGAAUUGUCCAUGGUUCUCACUGGGGCUGCGUUCAUUCAUAAACAUUAUACGUAUCUUUAUACGAACUGGCUGCCACAGGCCAUCAGGGAUAAGGUCGAUGAGUACAUGAACUGCGAGGACAUUGCUAUGAAUUUUCUUAUUUCACAUUUGACGAGGAAACCACCUGUGAAGGUGACCUCUAGGUGGACAUUCAGAUGCCCUGGAUGCCCAGUCUCGCUCUCUGAAGAUGACACUCACUUCCAGGAACGUCAUAAGUGCAUCAAUUUCUUUUCUCAAGUGUUUGGCUACAUGCCCCUUCUCAAUACUCAGUAUCGAGCAGACUCAAUCCUCUUCAAGACUCGAAUACCUCAUGACAAGCAGAAGUGCUUCAAAUUCAUAUAGAAAGCGAACACAAUAAUUUGAAAAAAAAGGAUCGAAAAAUCUCUUUUGAAGAUCUUGAACGUAAAGUGAAGUACACUGUUACAAAAAAAUUGCAAUUUCUUGGAAAGUUGAGUAAUAAUUUUCAGGAGAGUGAUAGGCAAUUCAA